AAAAUUAGGGUUCAAUCCCAGCAUUUUACAGCGUCAACGAUGUUCGAUAGAUUUAGGGUUAAUUUAUCUCCUUCUUCCGGUCUCUUGAUCGUAGAGAUUUUCAAUUUCAUGGGACUGAAGUUUGGCUCUUUGGUCAAUUUCGUAUGCCAUGGAGAUGAAUGCAGUUCCCUAAAUCAUCUCUUCAACCUCUUCACCCAUUUUCGCUAAGGUUUUUUAUCCUUGUGAAUAUCUUUGUUGAGGCUGAUACAUGAUUUAUCAUUCUUCAGUUCACAUCUCUUUCUGUAUUGUCUCUGUUACUCUAAAUUUUGAAUCGAUGUUAUACGGACGAUUUUGUUCUAAAUGAUUGGAGUUUUGGUUCCGAGUAGUAAUUCAGGCAGCCCCUCUGCAAUUUCCAUGGCAAAGGAGGCGUUAAACUGCUCGUAGAUCGAAUCGCUUAUGCUCUUCAGACUUGCUGAGGUUUCCUCUGAAGCUCGUCUAGUAAGCCUAAGUACAUUUGUUUUCUGGACAUACGUUUUACGGAUUUCGAGUCGCUGUUCGUGCUUGAUUUCACUUUAUGUUCUUUCUUCAGAACCUAUGAUCAUUUAGCUGAGUACUGGUUAAAUUAGAAUAUAUCUUGCAGACGCAGAUUAUUCAAUGACCUUUUAGUGUUGCAGGAACCAGUGGCUGGUGGAUUAAUCCGGAAUUUUGUUAGAGGAGCGACAGAGAAUGACCGUAUGACGACGAAGGCGAAGCAUUCUAUUCUGUUGCCAGUUUACCUCUGUCCUCGCUCCAAUGGCGACCAUAGCUGUGACUCUUACGAACAUCAACCUCGUCCGAAUAUCUCCUUCUCGAUCCACUUCCUCCCGCUCUUCCAUAAAUCCUACGCGUUGUUCGUCAAUCCAGCAGGUCCAGGUUGAUUCAACAAUCGCUUGCGAACCUUGUAAUGGCAAAGGAUGGAUAGUGUGUGAUUUCUGUGAAGGGCAGAAGACUAAUGUGAAGGCCGAGAACAAUCGUGUCUACCGACGCUGUCCGUCUUGCCGCGCUGUUGGAUAUGUUCUAUGUUCAAAGUGCAAGGUUUUCAAGUGUGUUACCUUCCCAAACUACGGCGACGGUGUAGAUUUAUCUUUUUGAACGUCAGGUAUCUCUUGAAUUAUAUGAAAGUAUAGAGAUCUUUGUUGAAUACACAUUCUACUGGAAACAUCUGUUGAUAUGAAGAAUACAUUUUUUACCUA